GGAUUCGGUUUUGGAGUUUGAAACCAAAAAACUAGUUAAAAGUUCAAACAUAAGGUUUGUAAUUGUUUAUAGUUAAUGAUGAUAAGAUUGUCUUGGUCAAUAGAUUUUUGAUAAUGUUUGUGACACUCUUUGCUAUUUGAUUGGGCCAUUUGCUUUUUCCUGCAAUGGAAAAGAAUUUCUGAUUGUAACAUAGUACUAUUGAGAAUUUAGAAAGUACUUCUACUUCAAAAUCAGGGGCAUUGUAGUCAAUGCCAUUGGUUAAUUAUUGAUAGAGUAGUAUUUUACUUUGGCAUUGAGAGUUAAGAUGACAGAGAGAAAAAGAAGGGGGGAGCUGGGAGGGGAUGAGAGAGAUACAGAAUAGUGGUCCAGUUACUAUUGUUAGCAUCUGAAAGAAAAGGUUGUCCCUUGCUCUGUUCUCUUAACCAUCAGUUCAUUACUCAUAAGAACACAUCUUACCUCUGUUUCUGAGAGUCUCUCUUUAUGCUUUUGCUAUCUUUAGAGCUUUAACGAUUAUUACCUCUCAUCUAUUCCCCCUCGUGACCUGCUUCUAUACAUAAAUCGCCCAUCAAGACACACACACACACUCUCUCUCUCCCUCUCCCCCCAACCGCACUACUUUCUCAUCCCCCAUUCCCCCCUACCCGUUUUUCUCAGUGGGGCUAAAUUUCCCAUUUAAACUCUAAGCUGGUUUUUUUUCAUUAAGCUGAUUUUCUGAUUCUUCACUGCAAAACCCAUUCACUGUUUGAUUGUGGUUGAGCUUUGUGCUCCAUCACCUUAAGAUUUCCUUGUAUUAGUAUAAAAGGGAGGGAGGAAAAAAAAUUUCUGCAUACCCAAUCAUUGCAAUCCACAUUUUGGGAAUUGCCUUUUGAGGUUAAUCCAGAUGGGUUUAUAGAGGUUUAGCAUAGAGCUCUACUUUUGUUAGCUUAACCAAAUUUUAGCAAACUUUUGAACUUUUACUUAGUAAGUGCCUUUUUAGGGUUCAGGGUUUUGGCCUUUUGCCUAGUUUAGUGCAAACUGCAAAGAUCAAAGCUUGUGUUUCGCUCUUCCUUCGAUGCCAUUCCUUUGCUAUAGCUUGAAUUAUUUUUCCUGUGGAGUGCGAGGGAUAUUAAAUUUCAGAUUGGACCUUCUUCCCAGAGUUUUUGAAGCUUUGAUUAUCUUAAGCUUGCCAAAGCUCAUGAGGAUUAGAACUUUUUCUUUUUCACUCUAUUAGCCUUGAGUUUUUAUUGCAAUUGGGACUUCUUAGAUUGGGCUUUAGGCAGGGAAUAUUUCAACAAUGAGCUCCUGUUUGAGCGGAGGUGGAAGGACAGCCUAUACAAUUGACCUUGACAUCAUUAAAUCUCCUUCAACGUCACUUCGAACCUCUCAUUCUUCGUCUCCUUCUUCAACUAUAUCUGAAUCGAGCAAUUCUCUGCUUGCCAUCUCAACUCGAAAAUCACGAACUCCUCGAAAACGCCCAAAUCAGACCUACAAUGAGGCAGCUGCUCUGCUCUCCACUGCCUAUCCAAACAUCUUCUCUGCCAAGGAUAUUUGUAAGCCUGGCAAAUUCAUCAAGCCCCAUGAAUAUGCUUCCUUUUCCUUUGAAGAAACCUCUUCUGAGUUGCUUCUACCUUUCCCAAUUGAAAAGCCUGUUUUUCAAAUAGAUUCAACUGCGUGUGAAAAACCAUGCUCAAAUGAUACAGAUGAAACCUGUUGCCGAACGAAUUCCUCUAAUCUAAGUGAUGAUUAUGAGGAUUUUGAUGCAGAAUCUAUGCUUGAUGAGGAUAUUGAGGAGGGUGUUAUAGAUAGCAUUAUGGGGAAUUUGAGUGUGCAUUCAGAAGGGGAAUCCACUACUUCCUCCAAUGGUGGUGCUGUUGGCCCUGUUAGUUAUUGUUAUGGGUAUCCUGUAGGGUUAGGAUUAGGUUUAGGUGGGAGAUUUGAUUAUGGAUUUGGAUUGAUGAGAGGAGUGGCCAAGGCAUUUAGACAAACUGAUGAGGGAGACUGGUGGAGAUUUCCUAUUGUUGAUGUUGGUGAAAUUUCUCCAAGAUUCAACAAGCGCUUGCCAGCUGAAAAGAAGAAAAAGUUGGAUAAAUUAAACCUCAAGGUCCCCUCUAUAACCCUAAAGAAAGAAAACUCAGUGCUAAUUUCCAAGUCUAGUUCAUCCUCUAGCAAAGAAUAUUCAACCUCAAAUCCCAAGUCUAGUUCAGCAUCAGGCAAGGAAGAUUCAGCCUCCACUUCUAAAUCAGGCCUAGGGGUGCUCUUAAAACUAAAUUAUGAUGACGUGUUGAAUGCCUGGUCCGAUCGGGGCUCGCCUUUCUCUGAUGACAUUCUGGGCUCUGAGUUUUCUGGAAGUGAUGCCUUGGCAAGAUUGGCACAAAUAGAUCUAUUUGGUGAGUUUGGAGCCCUAAGAGAAGCAAGUGUUCAGCGAUACAAGGAGAAAAGGCGAACACGCUUCUUCUCGAAAAAGAUUAGGUACCAAGUCAGAAAGGUUAAUGCUGAUCAACGACCAAGAAUGAAGGGGAGAUUUGUUAGAAGGCCUGAUUCAACAGAGAAUGAAGAAAUAAAGUAGCAAAAUUGCUUCCUUAGCUUUCAUCUUAUAGAAAAUUACACUUUUGUAAGAUUAAAUUUUUUUUUCCUUCAAAUUUCACACACUAAACUUUAGUCAGGGCUAGGUGAAAGGGAUGAUGGAAGAGUUUUAGUGUUAUUAUUCCUCAUUUUUGUAGUCUUGAUUAAUAAGAUAAACGUUUAUCCCCCUUUCUGAUUUUUUCAA